UGUGCCCCUGGCUCUCCGCUUGGCUGCAGAGCGACUCCCUACCCCCUUUUCUGCCUGUGCUUAAAUGGCACAGCACUUGGUGAGCACAUCUGAAAAAGAAGGUGUGAAAAGCAAAGGCCAUGGCUCCAUUCCGCUGUCAAUCAUGUGGCAAGUCCUUCCUCACCCUGGAGAAGUUCACCAUCCAUAAUUAUUCACAUUCCAGGGAGCGCCCAUUCAAGUGCUCACAGGCUGAGUGUGGCAAAGCCUUCGUCUCUAAAUAUAAAUUGAUGAGGCACAUGGCCACACAUUCACCGCAGAAGGCUCACCAAUGUACUUACUGUGAGAAGACCUUCAACCGCAAAGACCACCUGAAGAAUCACCUGCUGACCCACGACCCCAACAAGAUCUCCUACAUCUGCGAGGAGUGCGGCAAGAAGUACCACACCAUGCUGGGCUACAAGAGGCACCUGGCCCUGCAUGCGGCCAGCAGUGGAGAUCUCACCUGUGGGGUCUGCGCUGUGGAGCUGGGGAGCACCGAGAUCCUGCUGGUCCACCUCAAGUCUCAUGCCGAAGAAAAGACCCACCAUGCGCCCAGGGAGAAGAAGCACCAGUGCGACCACUGUGAGAGAUGCUUCUACACCCGGAAGGAUGUGCGUCGCCACCUGGUGGUCCACACAGGAUGCAAGGACUUCCUGUGUCAGUUUUGUGCCCAGCGAUUUGGGCGCAAAGACCACCUCACUCGUCACACCAAGAAGACCCACUCGCAGGAGCUGAAGCAAGAGAGUAUGCAGGCAGGGGAGUGCAUGAGCACCUUCCAAACCAUUACACCUUCAUUCCAGCUGAAGGCUGCUGCCAUGCCUCCUUUCCAGUUAGGGGUGCCCGCCCAGAAUGGGCUUGCCGGUGGCUUGCCACCUGAGGUUCAUGGUCUAGUGCUUGCUCCACCAGAACAGGUCCCUCAGCCUAUGCCACCAAUGCCAGAGCCGCUUGUUACUCUGCACCCUGGGGUAGUUCCUGCCUCUCCUCCCCAAACCCUUCUGGAUCACAAGUACAAUGCAGGUUCUACCUCAUUUGCCCCACUUGCAGGCCUGCCACUUAAAGUGGAUGCCAAAGGCUUUUGCAACGUGAGUUUUUUUGAGGAGUUGCCUCUGCAAGAGCCUCAGUCGCCUCUCAAACUCAACCCAUGUUUUGAGAUGGCUAAGGAAAUCACCUUUCCCAAAGAGGUGCUGGUAGAUGCUGUGAACAUAGCACUUCCUGCCUCUGUGGAGAUUUCCUCUGUGUUGGGGUUUUGGCAGAUCCCCCCUCCUCCCCCCCAGAAUGGUUUUGUGAAUAACACAAUCCCUAUGGGGCCUGGGGAACCACUGCCCCAUGGGAUAACUUGUCUGGCGCAGCCCCAGCCACAAGAAGCUCAAAUAGCAAUGGGCGCUGUGAAUAUGGGCCAGCUCCCUCUACCCCCUAUCCCCCACGUUUUCACGACUGGCACCAACACUGCUAUACUGCCCCAUUUCCACCACGCUUUCAGAUAA